ACUGGUUUCAUCUACAUUGGUCAUGGCAAGAAAUCGGGAGCGUUAGAAGCGUUUGUUCUCUAUCACAGAGACGGAUCUGAGGUUCGUGACGACCUGUUUGACCGGAUCCAGGCUUCCAGUAGGAAUGGCCAAGUCCCAGGGCCCCGCUGGCCAGUGGAGCCCGAUGGUGAUGGUGCAGACUGCGGGUGGAGCCCUGCCCCAGGUUUCCCAUUAUUCAUUGAAACCCGCCAACCAGGAAGAGGGCUGUGUGUCUUUUGAGGAUGUGGCUGUGUACUUCUCCUGGGAGGAAUGGAAGCUGCUUGAUGACUCCCAAAGGCUCCUGUACUGGACUGUGAUGACGGAGAUCUUCACACUCAUGUCCUCGCUGGGGCUUGUAUCUUCUGGGAUUCAUGGCAUCACUCAGCUAGAGUCUUGGGGAGAGCCCUCUGUGCCUGCUCUGAGAUUCCUGACUCCAGGUUGUUGGAUCAAAGUGGAGAGUGAAGCGUCCCCCUUUGAGCAGAGUCUGUCUGGGGAAGGAGACCUUAGUGCCUCCGUGCUCCAACAGCAAGUGCUGAGCUGUGCUGAGACACCCUUGCUAAGUGCAGACAACGCGAUGAUCAUCCAGACUUCCUCAGGUCUUCUCACGUAUCAGGUGACUUCCAGUGUUGGGGAGACACCCAGGACCACUGGGAGUGGAGAGGCCAUUCACCCCGAGAAGAAGAACUGCAAAUGCAGUGACUGUGGCAAAGUCUUUACUAGUAUCUCUCACCUUAAUCGGCACCGGAUGAUACACACUGGAGAAAAGCCUUUCCAGUGCAGCGAGUGUGGGAUGUCCUUCAGCCAGAAAGCCUUUCUCAUCAAGCACUUCAGAAUGCACACGGGGGAGAAGCCCUUCAGGUGCAGCGAGUGUGGCAAAGCCUUCAAGCAUAAUAUCUCUCUGGUUUCUCACCAGCGAGUUCACACGGGAGAAACACCUUUUACGUGCAGUGAAUGUGGGAAGUCGUAUAUGACCAGAUCCAACCUUACCCGUCAUUAUCAAGUUCACACGGGCGAAAAGCCGUACAGCUGCAGCGAAUGCGGGAAAGCCUUUAAGGAAAAAUACAGCCUUGUUUAUCACGCCCGGGUGCAUACUCGCGAGAGGCCUUUCCAGUGCAGCGUGUGUGGGAAAUCCUUCAGCCAGAAAGCCUUUCUCAUGAAGCAUUUCAGAAUUCACACGGGGGAGAAGCCCUUCACGUGCGGUGAAUGUGGCAAAGCGUUUAAGCAUAACUGCUUCCUCGUCGCUCACCAGCGAGUCCACACUGGUGAAACGCCUUUUACGUGCACUGAAUGUGGGAAAUCCUACAUGAACAGAUCGAGCCUUCUGUAUCAUUAUCGAGUUCACACUGGGGAAAAGCCUUAGGAGUGCCGCGAAUGUGUAAAGUCAUUUAAGAAAAAAAAUCCUGCUUUGUUUAUCAUGUCCGAGUACACACCGGGGAAAAGGCCUUCUGAAUGUCAUGAAUCUGGGAAGUGUUAAAAAAAAAAAAUAAAAUAAAACUUCUCGGCUCAUGAAAGACCAAUAACUUCACAACAGAGGCGACACUUUAAGUGUAAUGUGUGUGGGAGAGUCUUUACUGUGAGGUGCAGCCUCAUUAAACAUCAGAUUUCACACGGCAGCUAAGCAUUGCCAGAGCACGGACUGUGGAAAGUGUUUUGCUACAGGACCUGUCUUUCUAGACUCCGGAAGAUUCACACUGGAUAGAAUAUAUGUGUUGGGUGCAGUGAAUGGGGAAAUCAUUUUUAUCAAUCAUCUACUGUCUGCACACAAGAGAACGUUCGCUGGACACAAGUCAAGAAUGUUUCAGAGGUGAGGAACCCUCACCCACACCUCCAUCCUAUUGAACUGGAGAGGCCACAGAGCUGGGAUGCAUAGUGAACCCACUGACUCUGGGAAAGCUUUGAGCAGAUGUCUGCUCUUAUUAGUGAUAGCCACACAACCCAGAUAGGUCUGUGAAUGCAGACAAAAGUCUCCAGCCAUUGGCCAGCCUUGUUCAGCCUUAGGAGUGAACGAGAUCUGGAAGAGAAGUCCUGAGAGUGUGAGGGAGCCUUUCGUUGAAAGUCACCCAUUAAAUAAGAAUAUUGGGAUAAGAUGAGGAUUAGUGCCAUCUUCCUAGUCCCAAAACUUAAUACGCUCUGUGGAUCUUAGUAAAAGGCAGUCCUGUGUUUUGAUAUCACCAGUAUGAAGUUGGAGUUUCCACGGCACUGAAUUUGAAUGGGGGAGGGUCAGAGUGGCCUCCCUAUAAAUAAGACAUGUU